ACUUCCUUGAAAGUGGCUUUAUGGGUGGAUGGGGUGGUCAAAAAGGCUUUUAGCGCAUUGGACUUCAUCAGUCAGGGUAUAGACAUUGGGAGGUCAUGUUGCAGUUAUACAAGAUGUUGGAGAGGCCAUAUUUGGGGUAUAGUGUUCAGUUUCGGGCACCAUGUUGUAUGAAAGAUAUUGUCAAGCUGGAAAAGGUGCAGGGAAGGGUUUACAAGGCUGUUGCCAGGAUUUGAGGGCCUGAACUAUAGGGAGAAGUUGAGCAGGCUAGGACUCUAUUCCUUGGAGCAUGUCGGCCAGUAUCGAUAAGUUGGGCCGAAGGGUCUGUUUCCACACUGACUAUAAUCACUUCUUCCCCUCUUAUCUGGCUUCUGAACAGCUCUUCCAAAAGCUAGGGUACUGUCCAAUUCGCAUCUACCCCAUUGCGGACAUUGCUCUUUGCCUGCAAAUGGUUGUUUGGGGGGUCAGAUUCGGAUUCAGAUUCAAUUUUAAUUGUCAUUGUCAGUGUACAGUACAGAGACAACGAAAUUUGCCUAUGGGACUGGAGUGUUGCAUGUUGAGAUCUAAAUUCUGUGGCUCUGUAUCUUCCCCUUUGCACUGGCUCUUGUGUUUAAGUUUGAACAUGAUUGUGUUUAUGUAUGUGCUGUUUGGAUAAAAUGCAAAGCUUUUAGCUGUGCCUCGGUAUAUGUGACAAUUGUAAACCUAAUUCCAUUCUAUUCCCAGCAUAUAUUGACUGUGCAAACGAGGGGCUAUUCACAAUUGUAGUCCCCAAGGUUGCGACAGUGCCUUCACUUGAUCUUGCCUCCGUCAUGUUGGUGAACGGCACGAGUUCUGAGUGUGCUCCUAUGAUGAGGACGGCGGAGUUUGUCAUCUUCAGGUUUCCCCUCGAUGCAUGUGGGAGCGUACAAACCGUGACUGGGUCCAUCGUGACUUACCAAGUGGACGUGGUGGCAAGGAGGAGAAUCCAGAAAGGAGCGCGUGGCUCCAUAACCAGGGACAGUACCUUCAGGCUGCAUGUGAAGUGUUACUUGGGUAGCAGUGAGAACGUCCCCAUAACACUGAGAGUGAACACCCUUUCUCCUCCCUCCCGUGUGAUCUACGAUGGGGUCCUCUAUUUGGAAAUGAGAAUAGCUAAAGGUGACCGUGCCUUGAUUGUAGUCUCCAUCUCUGACCCGGUUCUGGGUGAACUUUUCCCGAUCUAAUCUUGGUCUGUUUCCGCAGACCUGUCCUACACCACCUGGUUUGCUGAUGUGGACUACCCGCUAGUGAGUUACCUCCGCGAGCCGGUGUUUGUGGAAGUGCGCCUUCUCCACAGGCAGGAUGCCAACAUUGCACUCGUACUGAACCACUGUUGGGCCACACAGACGCAGGACCGCCAUCUUGGCAAGCAGUGGAGCAUCCUUGUGAAUGGGCAAACUACCCUCAAUAUUACAGACUACUUUAUAACAGAUGUUGGUCAUAGUGGAAGGAAACAUAAAGCUGUUUUCUCCUUCUCUAGAUGUCCAUACUAUGGGGACAAUUAUUUAACCCAGCUCCACUCAGUUGUUGCAACUCCUGAAGUGUUAUUUCCAGCACAUCACAAGUGGUUUGAGGUGAAAACGUUCCAGUUUGUGGAUGGAAAUACCCGAGCCAUACUGAGUGGCGAGGUUAGGAUGAACUUUGUGCAGGGCUAUUGAUCACACAACUUGGGCCAUGCCACAUGAUGUAAAUGUGUGUGUGUGUUUGUUUGUAGGUUUACUUGCAUUGCAGUGCAACGGUCUGCCCCUUGUCUGAUGUGGAGUGUGUCUCGACCUGCCCUACUGGUAAACGACCGGUCAGAAGUUCGGGGGACUUUGUGUCAAUUGAAGCCCGUGACCAACGUCUGGUGACUUUGAAAAAGUCCAUAAUCUUCUCUCCUGAAGAGAAGACUGCUGCAGUGUCUUACCAAGCAAACGGUAUGAAAUGUUCUAUCUAUUCCAAAACACACGAGUAAAUUUAAUGCAGUCUAUUUAAGAUUUCUCUUGGGUCCAAACUAGCUAGUUUUGUGUGCAAGCUGUUUCCUAUCACUGUUUGUGCAUUAAACAACAUAGAAACGUGGCCCAACGUGUCCAUCCCAAACAGUAGAUAUUAUUGAUCUUUCUAUUGAUAAUGAUAGAUGUUGCUGUACUUCCGAUUUUUAUUGUUCAGUUGAGCUUGUUACCAAUUGCCAAAUAUCAAGCCAUCAAUGUUUGCACUUGAUGUAGAGGCUAUCUCUUUUUACCUGUAUCUUCCUCCAUAGUAAACAGGCCAGCUGUAUUGAAUUGCAAAUGCUCUAAUUAUAGCUUGGACUGCCAUAUUCCUGAAGGUAAUCACAUAACCACAUUGCAUAUCUGUGCCCUGACAUGGAGCAUUUGAUGCUGGUGUCCAGAACCACCAUUUGAACAACUUUUUGGUAAUGCUCAUCUUAAUCAUUAGGAUAAAUCGUAGAAACGGGGAAUAAACUCUGGAUUUGAGGGUCCCAAUGUGAAAUGUCCCCUCUCCAUGAUCUCCAGAGAGAUCCCCUGGUACAGUCAUAGUUACUGCCUUGCAAUGCCAGAGAUCCAGGUUUGAUCCUCACGAUGGGCGCUGUCGGUACAGAGUUUGUACAUUCUCCCCGUGACCUGCGUGGGUUUUCUCUGGGUGCUCGGGUUUCCUCCCAUACUCCCAGGUUUGUAGGCUAAUUGGCUUAGUAUAAUUGUGAAUUGUCCCUUGGACUGUAGGGUAAUGUCAAUGUGCAGGGAUCGAUGGUCAGCAUGGAUUUGGUGGGCUGAAGGGCCUGUUGCUGUAUCACUUAAAACUAAAAAAUAUUCUGCUUGGCUGAGUUACUCCAGCACUGUCAUGGAGUCGUACAACAUGGGAACGGGUCCUUCGGCCCAACUUGCUCACACUGGCCAACGUGUGCCAGCUACUAGCCCACAUGCCUGCACUUGGC